UCUCCACGCGGAACUCUAGGCCGAGGCGCGCUGCGGCAUGCACCAACUUCAAGGAGAAAUCCGUCCGCAUCUCCGAGAAAUCCGCAACCGUCGAAACCAAGCAGCAUCAGACUGUGGAGGACGAGGUCGUAGCUCUGCACUUCACAUCCUCUCCUCAGAGCGGCGACGAGCCUCGUCAGACCAGGAGGCUGACUGAUUUCAUUUUGCACGACGCGUAUGGAGUCCCGCAGCCUGUGGCGAUGGUUGAGAUCGGUGACAUUUUCGUCACUGGCGUUAUCUUACCUUCUGGUGAAUGCGCUGACAAGGAGAAAGCCAAAGGCGUGAAGUGUGAUGGCUUUGGACGCGUGGAGAAUUGGAGUAUCUCUGGGUAUGAUGAUGGCUACCUGGUGGUUUGGUUCUCCACGGAGCUGGCGGAUUAUGACUGUGGUAAGCCUGCUACAAGCUACAAGAAGAUGUAUGACUAUUUCUAUCAGAAGGCGUUUGCUUCUGUGGAGGUUUAUAAGAAAGUGGCCAAGUCUGCGGGUGGGGACUCUGACAUUAGUCUUGAUGAGUUGCUUGUGGCGGUUUCGAGGUCUAUGAGCCUUGAAAGCAAGUGCUUUUCUACUGAUUUCUUGGUCAUUAGAAAUUUCCUUAUACGUCAAGGAGAGUUCAUAUAUAACCAGCUUGCUGGUUUGGAUGAGACGGCCAAGAAAGAUGAAGCUAGCUUUGCUGAGAUUCCUGUGCUCGUUGCUCUUAGAGAUGAGAAUAGUAGACUUGACAAUGGUGCUGUUCUGAUGGAAGGAAGACCUUCUAAUGGGGUUCUGAGGAUUGACGGAGUUUCUGAAGCUGCGAAGUGCGAGGCCUUGACAUCUGAUCAAGAAAUGGUUGACGAGGAUCAAAGAUAUGCUAAAAUUAUGCAAGACGAAGAGGAUAGGAAAACUAUGCAGCGGCCUAGAAGAAACAACGGCGCAGCUUCUGCUUCUAAUAAAGGAUACGUAAAAACCACUGAAGAUGAGAUUGCCGGUGAUUAUCCGCUCCCAGCUUAUUACAAGAAUUUCAAAGACGAAGCAGAUGAGCUUAUAGUUGCUGAUGACUAUGAGGUUAACUACGAGGACCUGCCUCGCAGGAUGCUGCACAAUUGGGCUCUGUACAACUCCGAUUCAAGGUUCAUAUCCCUGGAGCUUCUCCCGAUGAAGCCCUGUGCGGAUAUUGAUGUGACUGUAUUUGGAUCUGGUUUGAUGGCAGAGGACGGUGGGUUCUGGUUUGGUCUAGAUGAUCCUGAUACUUCUACCUCUGGACAGCCAAAGAAGGAUCUUGAGGGGAUGCCCGUUUUCCUCAGUCAAAUAAAGGAAUGGAUGAUUGAGUGGGGGUGUUCAACGAUCUCAAUUUCAAUACGAACAGAUGUGGCCUGGUAUCGACUUGGGAAGCCGUCAAAGCAAUACGCCCCUUGGUUUGAGCCUGUUUUGAAAACAGCUAGGGUUACGAUAGGCAUUUUUGGUCUGCUAGAGGAGCAAACUAGAAUGUCUAAGCUCUCAUUUGAAGAUGUCACGAAAAGGGUGUCUGAGUUCCAGAAGAACCAUAAAGCUUACAUUUCUUCUGAUCGCUUGGCUGUUAAUAGAUAUCUAGUCGGCCAUGGGCAAAUUAUUUUGCAGAUGUUCUCAGAAUUUCCUAAAAAGGAUAUCCAGAGGUGUUCAUUUGUUAGCGAUCUUGCAAGGAAAAGGGCCGAAAGGCACAACACAAGAUGGACCAUCAAGAAGAAGAAGAUUUUGUUUAAAGUAAAUUGUAAUCCAAGGGCAGGCAUGGCACCUGUGGUAUCCAAGAGGAAAGCUAUGCAAGCAACAACAACUCGUCUGAUCAACAGAAUUUGGGGAGAGUUUUACUCCAAUUACUCUCCAGAGGAACCCGUGCAGGCAGUUGGUGCAGAAAACGAGGAGGAAGAGGUUGAAGAGGAGGGCGAAAUUGAAGAAGAUGACGCAGAGGAAACUGUACCAGAACCUGUUGAGGAGGUUGAAAAGUCUCAUACCCCUUUGAAGAAAAUUCGAGGCGUUUCUGGUAAAACGGAAUCAAGUUGGAGUGGCGAGACUCUAGGAAAAACUUCUGCUGGUGAGCCUCUCUAUCGACAAGCUCUCGUUGAAGGGGAAAUAGUGGCUGUAGGUGGUGCUGUCGUGUUGGAAGUUGAUGGAAUUGAGGUCAUCUAUUUUGUGGAGUACAUGUUUGAAAAAUCAAACAACUGCAAAAUGCUUCAUGGAAGACUUUUACAAAGAGGAUGUGACACUGUUCUGGGUAAUGCUGCUAACGAGAGGGAACUAUUCCUGACUAAUGAAUGCAAGACGGUAUCGCUUAAGGAGAUAAAAGGAACAGUCAGUUUUGAGAUUCGAUCAAGGCCAUGGGGGCAUCAGUUUAGGAAAGAGAAUACCACCGCGGACAAGCUUGACCGGGCGAGAGCAGAGGAACGCAAAACGAAGGACCUGCCUACGGAGUACUUCUGCAAGAGUUUGUAUUCACCUGAGAGAGGGGGUUUCUUUAGCCUUCCACUAAAUGAUAUGGGCUGUGCAUCUGGAUCCUGCAGUUCAUGUAGGAUAAGAGACGAUGAAGAGAAAAAGACAGAGAUCAAACUCAACGCUUCAAAGACGGGGUUUUCGUCCAAUGGGGUUGACUAUUCCGUUGAUGAUUAUGUCUACGUAAAACCAGAAGAUAUAGAUGGAUCGAAGGAGGCUAAUGGGAGAUUUAAGUCUGGUCGUAACAUUGGCUUACGACCAUUCGUUGUUUGUCAAAUACUGGAGAUCAUCGUCAGAAAGGAAUCUAGAAAGGCUUCCUUUGAGGUUAAAGUGAGAAGGCUUUAUAGGCCUGAGGAUGUUUCUGACGAGAAGGCCUAUGCAUCAGAUAUCCAAGAGUUGUAUUACAGCGAGGACACUGAUGUUCUCCAACCAGAGGCUCUAGAGGGAAAAUGUGAAGUAAGGAAGAAAAUUGAUAUGCCCUCACGCCGUGAGUAUCCAAUAUCAGAGAAUAUCUUCUUCUGUGAACAGAUCUAUAACCCGUCCAAAGGUUCUCUCAAGCAGUUGUCCGUCAAUAUCAAGCCGAAGUACACUACUGUUAAGGACGACGCACUUUUAAGAAAGAGAAAGGGAAAGGGGUUAGUGACUGAAACUGAUUCUGUGACUGACAAGCCUGAAGAGGUAUCUAAAGAGACGCGUCUUGCUACACUAGAUAUUUUCGCUGGUUGUGGUGGACUGUCUCAGGGACUUGAACAGGCAGGUGUAUCGGCAACAAAGUGGGCGAUAGAGUAUGAAGAGCCAGCUGGGAAGGCUUUUAGAAAAAACCAUCCCGAAACAACAGUUUUUGUUGACAACUGCAAUGUGAUUCUUAGGGCUAUAAUGGAGAAAUGUGGAGAUCAAGAUGAAUGUAUCUCUACCAAAGAAGCUAAUGAACUCGCUGAGAAACUUGAUGAAGACCAGAAACGUACUCUGCCACUGCCGGGCCAAGUGGAUUUCAUCAAUGGAGGCCCUCCAUGCCAGGGAUUCUCCGGUAUGAAUCGGUUCAACCAAAGCUCUUGGAGCAAAGUUCAGUGUGAAAUGAUAUUAGCAUUCUUGUCAUUUGCUGAUUAUUUCCGGCCAAGAUACUUUCUCCUGGAGAACGUGAGGACCUUUGUGUCAUUCAACAAAGGGCAGACGUUCCAACUUACUCUGGCUUCUCUUCUCGAAAUGGGUUACCAGGUGAGAUUUGGGAUCUUGGAGGCAGGUGCAUAUGGGGUUUCCCAAUCUCGCAAAAGAGCUUUCAUCUGGGCAGCUGCACCAGAUGAGGUUCUCCCCGAAUGGCCUGAGCCGAUGCAUGUUUUUGGUGUUCCUGAGUUGAAAAUCUCGCUAUCUAAAGGUGUACAUUACGCUGCUGUUCGCAGUACUCAAUACGGUGCACCUUUCCGCCCAAUCACAGUGAGAGACACAAUUGGCGAUCUUCCAUCCGUAGAUAACGGAGAAUCCAAGACGAAGAGAGAGUAUAAAGUUCAACCAAUCUCGUGGUUCCAAAAGGAGAUAAGAGGAGACAAUAUUGUUCUCACUGAUCACAUCUGCAAAGAGAUGAACGAACUGAACCUCAUUAGAUGUAAGAAAAUCCCAAAGAGGCCAGGUGCUGAUUGGCGUGACCUCCCAGAAGAAAAGGUGACGUUAUCAAAAGGGCAAGUGGUAGAUUUGAUUCCAUGGUGUCUGCCAAACACUGCGAAGCGACACAACCAGUGGAAAGGACUGUUUGGGAGAUUAGAUUGGGAAGGUAACUUCCCAACAUCAAUCACUGAUCCUCAGCCGAUGGGUAAGGUUGGGAUGUGUUUCCAUCCUGACCAAGACAGGAUUAUCACUGUCCGUGAAUGCGCCCGGUCACAGGGGUUUCCGGACAGCUAUGAGUUUCAAGGGAACAUAAUACACAAGCAUAGGCAGAUUGGGAAUGCAGUGCCUCCACCUUUGGCAUUUGCUCUUGGUCGGAAGCUCAAAGAAGCGGUUCAACUCAAGAAGGUCCCCAAAACAAACUAGAACGGUGUUUCCUUCUUUUUUUUUUUUUUUUGGCAAACGAUUAGAACUUUUUCAAACACGGUUUGAUAUUAUAGUUAAGUCGCUGUAAUAAUCAUCCUCUUGAAUAUUUUAGACAUCAUGUAUUAUUAUGUGCUCAGAUAAGUUGAAGAAAAGAGCUUUGCUUCAGUGCA